CCCAAGGCUCGGCCGAUCUUGGCUAUUCGCUGGUUUCUGACAGCAAUACGUUCGUGGGAUUGCAAGAAGUAUGUAAAAUCUUUGCCGGAGUGUACUUUCCCGCCGCCUAACUGACUGAAAUGAGAUCAUCGGGAAUGAGGAAUUUGAAAACAUCACAGUCCCUCGCAAUUACGCACCACGAACCCUACUACCCAAAAGGGACACUGAAACGUUCCUUGGAAAACUGCCGCCCAGGCCUAUCAUCCAAGCACUUGUCGAUUUCUUUUUUGAUCAUGUCAAUUGGCAUUACUCUAUUCUGGAGAGGUUUUAUUUUGACAGCUUGCUUUCACGAUGGCCACCUUCGGAAGAAAUGGAGACCGUGAGCUACCUGACAACUAAAGAACUUUCCAUGGAGAUGCGAUAUUUUCCGGCCUUACUCUUCCAAGUGAUUGCCUUAUCACUGCAAUUUGUACCAACUGGCUGGGACGUCUGGUCAAGGUUACCCGCAGCGGGAAUUUUGGCUUCGGAGCAAUAUAGCGACCUCGGUGACGAGCUGUUGUCGCUGUUGGGGAGACCUGGGUUGGCUCUCGUUGCAGUUCAAGCAGACUUCCUCCGGUCAUCGUGGCUGAAGAAUUGCGGACGAGGCAUUGAAUCUUGGCAUACGGUUGGAUCUGCUAUUAGACAGGCUCAAGAACUUCGACUUCAUCAGCAAAAGGAAAUUCAUCAGACUCAUCACUUAAAUGUUGGCAAAACGCUAAGUUUGUUCUGGUACGAAGAGAAUAAGAAACGCCUUUGGAUUAAUCUGUUCGUCUGGGAUAGCUUCAUGGCGAUGAUUCUCGGUCGCCCUCGGAUGAUAAACUUGGAUGACUGUGAUACGAAGCCGCCUAUGAAUUGUAAUAUCCCUAGGGACCCUUCCACCGCGAUACCGAUGACAGUGCGCCCUGAAGACAGUCACAGUCCUGUAAUGAUCUCCGCGCCACUAUUUCGAUACUCUCUUGCAUGCAAAGUGCAUAAAAUGAAGGCUACGAGAGCAGACAGCCCUCGCCUGACCAAUUACACUAUUGUCCAAACGUUACAUGAGGAAAUAAUGUUAUUGAUGGACGAAUUGCCUCCUUUCUUGCGGCUAAAAAACGCAGACACUACCUGGGACCUUGAGCACCAGUAUCUCCCCCAGCUUCGCCAGGAGUUACAGGUUAUGCUGAACCUAUUCGUUAUGGCAUUACAUCGACCACAUAUUAUAUCUAACGAAGAGAGUAGAAGAGCCGCUUUGCAGGCGGCGCUUCAAACGCUUGAUUGUCAACGGUGCUUUUUCGCACAGGCUGAAAAAGAUCAAUACCACUUAUUUGGCAUGGCAUUUUAUACGGUGGAUGCCUCAUUUCUUGUCUCUAUCAUCGCCAUUUUAUUUCCGCCGUCAAGUCAUAAAGCUAAACAAAGGGUUGACCAAAGCCUCCAGCAUGCUAUUGAGGACCUCUCCAGAAUGCAGUCCUCCAAUCCGAUCGCUAGGUCAGGCUUGGGGAUUCUCCGGCACUGCUAUCAAAAAGUGAAAAUCACCUUUGAACCGCCCAACAGCGCUUCCGAGUCCAGGACCGUCUCGCACGGCACCCCUGGUGAUGAAUUGAAUACCCUAAUCAAUGAUGUUGGGCUUCAAUCUUUUGAUUCAUGCCCAAACUUAGAGUCGGAUACUUCUCAAGUUAACACAGCGUCUUGGCAUGGGUCUCCAGAUCUUCCUUCGCUGUCGAUACCAGACGUCUUUAAUCAGGGAUACUGGUUGAACCAAUUGAAUAUGAUUUAUCCGUCUAUUUCCGACGAAGAUACAGGGUUGCUGUGGGAGAGUCUUUAUUCUGACUGAGACUUCGUGUCUUUCAGCCCUCAUUGGCCUUCCAAGAGCUAUACCACCCAUCGAAUGGUUGCGAUGGAUCACCUCUGGAAAUGAACGAGAGAAGGGGUAGUUUGUCAUAGUAAAGGAUUUUGUAUAUAUUUGCUAUGAAAAGCCUAACACGAGUUGUCGAGUC